AUGUGCCUUUGUCUUGGUCCUGUUAAAUCGGGCAAGACGUUUUUAAUGAAACGAUUGCAAGGGGAUGAAAUAGACAAUGCAACUCAUACUGUUCCUACGAAUGGCAUAAAUCUUUUCACAAUAAAAAACAAUACCGGAGAAUUUGACAUGAUUAUUAAAGAAAUUGGUGGUAGUAUGGCACCGAUAUGGAAGCAUUAUUUUAAAAAAACACGGAAGCUUAUUUAUGUGAUAGAUACAAGCAAUCUUUGUCAAAUAAGUGCGGCAGGAGUAUUGCUUUACUCAUUGUUAGUUGAUCCCACGCUGCAAAAUACAAAAAUCGCAUUAAUACUGAAUAAAAUGGAUCUGUCUUAUCGCCAAAUGCGCAACGAAGCUUUACUUAUGCUUCAUUAUUCGCGUAUGCAAAAAGAAGUUACGCAAGAAUUAACUAUAUUUGAAACUAGUGGAAUGACUGGUCAAGGUAUCGAAGAAUUAAAAAACUGGUUGUUUGAUCCUAUCACUUUAAAAGCUGCAAUAAACGCAAACAAGUAG